ACUCCCCAACUUCUCGUGGGCAGUCGUCGUUUUUAUAUUUGCCUCUUUAUCCUCUCUGAUUAUAUCACACCUCUUCUGUAUACCCCCCCCAAUUUUCUGUCCCUGGAGGACGACUGCCCACAAAUCCAGAUUCUCAGAGAGAGAGAUUUCUGGCAGUGCUUGGUAUGUUCGGCUCUUGUUGAUGCCGUCUGCUUUGCUGCUCUUUUAUUUUUAUUUUUAUUUUUAUUUUUUUUUGUUGUUGUUUUGCCAUCGUUUUGAUUCUUAUGAGACCUCCGGUUGCUUCAGUCUCACUCCUUGUUGCUCUUUGCAGAAGUUGAACAUACAGAGAAAAAAAAGAAAUUUAAGCAUGGACGCUGAUGCUUUUCCUUCGUCCCUGUCCAAAAGGUCAUUUGCGCAGGUAGCAAGUGCAACUCUGUCUUGUCUUCAUCUUUCUUCUCGAUGCAACAAUAACGUAUCCAUCCUGGCUCCCGCGUUCCAUCACGACGGCUGUGAUACUGAACGGGUCUUGUUGUCGCCGUUCAAGCGCAGGACUAUUCGAAAAUCUCCUUCCGCCCCUCUACCAACACCUUCCACCACCAUGCCCAUUCAGACCAGCGCUCCGUCGCAUCCUGAUUCUUUCCCUUCCUUCAUGUCGGUCUUUGGUGGCAUCUCUUCUCGCUUCACACCUGAAAAGGACGAAGGCCCUGCGCCUCUUCAACCAUUGCGGGUACCCUCCUCUCAUGGAUCCGCUCCUCAUCUCUCUCGACGUCCACUUCCCUUCCGUCACCGCGAAAGCGUCUCGUCCAUGACCUCCGGCUCAACCGACUCUUCUCCUACAACCACUGUCUCCACCUUUGAUUCUCCUUCUGCUCCCGAUACUUCCCCAAGCUCCUCUCCAGAGUCGCCGUCUUCGAUGCCCUAUCCUCAAUUCAUGCAGCCCGCACACUGUGGCGAGCCGAAACCUGCGCAGCCGACGCAAUCACAGUCGCAGCAACAGAAUGAAUCGUUAAAACCGUCGGAAGCUUCCAAACCAGUGCAACCGGAGUCGCCCAAUCGACGAGCGCGCAACCUUAAAAACUUGUCGCUGAGAAUGCCCCCACAUUUGGACUCGUCGCGCCCGCCUAUUGCAACCGCAUCAAUUGUGGAAACGACUUCGCACCACUUCUCUGCACCUCCCUCGCCCGUUAUCCCUCCCAAGACUGGUCGACGCAAGCCGGCGGGCCUCACCAUCCGCACUCCGGGAUUCGACAAGUCCUUUUCCGAAAAGAUUACCGAAGUCGUUCCUCCGACACCCUCUUUGCGACACGCUGAAUCAUCGCCUUCUCUGCAUUCCGUUUUCUCCCCCUCGUUUGGCCCCAAAGGUGGCAUGCAAUUACCUCGACCUGUUACCCACCAUGGCGUCCGACGACCCUCUGAAGGUGGCUUCACUACUCUCCAGACGGUGCCGGAUGAGAAUUCGCAUGCUGGUGGGGCCCUGCAUGAUCUGCAGGAAGAGGACGACCAUCUCGACUCGAGAGAGUCGCUUCAAGGGAAGGAGCGAAGCUACCCGGAUGGGCCCAUUCGCAUUUAUGACUCUGGCUUGUACUUGUAUCUGGAGCCGACCGCCCAGGAAGCGUCGCAAUUCGAUGUGAUCGUGAACGUGGCCAAGGAGGUUGCCAAUCCGUUCACCAAGAGCCCAGACAGCGAUACGGUCAUGAGCGCAUGGCGCAACAACAUUUCGGCCGCGGCAGGAGAACAGCAUAUUCAGAAUGAUAGCCACAUCCAGUCAUCCAAACCCGAAUACAUCCACAUCUCCUGGGACCACAAUUCGGAAAUUCUCGACGAUUUGUACCCAUUAUGCGAGCUCAUUGACUCACGCAUCUCCGAGGGCAAGAAAGUGCUCAUCCAUUGCCAACUGGGAGCCAGUCGUUCGGCCUCAUUGGUAAUUGCCUACGGUCUGUUCAAGAACCGCGACAUGGACUUCAACUCGAUGUAUGAGAUGGUCAAGGCGCGCAGUCGUUGGGUGGGUCCCAACAUGAGCCUCAUCUACCAGUUGACGGACUUCCGUUCCCGAUUGAUCCGUGGUACACUUUCGAAGAAGUCCCCGGAGGAGUGGUCUCUGGCAUCGACUCCCAAGAGCGAGGCCCCGGCUCCUAGCCUUGCCGCUUCGCCGGUCCUUCCGGAUGGUCAAACCACAAACCAUGGUCCCUCCCUUCCACCGGUGCCUUCUCUUUCCGUUCCGAGUGAUCAGAAGGCGCUUCGUCCCAGCAGCCCGGGCUUUUCCAAGACCCUUUCGCACAAACGAAGUCUGCCUCCGCGGCCCUUGCCGCUUCGGCAGAUGUACCAUACGGCGGAGCCAGCGGAGCGAUCUCAACGGCCGCGCACCAGCUACGUGCAACCGGUCAAGAAAGGAUCAUUUGUGCGUGAACAACCAGACUUAUCUUCUAUCUUUUCACCUCGCACCACCGAGUUCAUGGUUGCACCACUGCCCCGACAGAUGGGAGGUAUUGGAGGUGUUCUGUCAGGAGAUGUGGCAGACCCGCGAUCACCACCGGGCAAUGAGCGCGUGAUCAUGAGAAGUAUUGAUGAAUUUCUAUAGCCAGGUGUCAAACCUGAGCAACGAUUCCAUGAAUUGCCCCCCAUGAGGUGACUUUCGCUUCUUUUCUUUAUUAUUCACCCACAUUCUUUUAUUGAAUUCUCGACAUCAGUGAUGACAUACAUUAUUAUCUCUCGUUAAUCUUUGAUGAACUCAUGACCAAAGCGGGCUUGUGGUCGUUGAUUAUCAUUCUAUCUAUUCAGCUACUUUCGUUGCAUGCCUGGAGAUCCAGCAUACUAUUUCUUUGCAUCUUCCGUUUUUUCUUUUUUCUUUUUUUUUUUUUC